UAACUUAUGACUGACUCAGAUCUAGAUUUUUCACUGAGUUAUGUCAUCAAUGUAUGCAUCUCCUUAUCGAGUAAUCUCGCUUGAACCCAGGUCCCAGGGAUUCGCUCCUCCCAGUCUCUUUAUCCGAGCCUUCUCUACUUCAGGUUAUCUGCUCAUCCAUAGACCACUGGCCAGGCAUUGCACGGAGAAACACAUCAAAACCCCAAAAAUUUUCAAGGGUUUUAAUUAGGCGUUUGUUACAUAAUAACAUUUGCGUGUUCAAAUCUCCUUAAGCCUCUAAGCCUUCAAGCUUCAAGACCUCAUUGUUUGAUAUUUACUUCUAGUCCAUUUGAUGGGGAAAUCGUAUGUCGUAGUCGUGGGUUUGGAGCCAGGUAUAUAUCCCAAUUGGAUAGAAUGCAGUGGACAAACCAAAAAAGUUCCAGGCGCUGUUUAUCAAAGCUUUGAUACAUACGAGGAAGCUCUUGCAGUAUGGCUCGGAGCCUUGCAAAGGGGUGAAGUGAGGGCCGUCCGACCCAAUGGAGGCGCUGCGGCAGCUCCUGCCACUAGAAUCAAGAAUGAGAUGGAUGGUAACAUAUAUCAGCCGGUGACUCCGAGCAAAAUGGAUCGUGCUGCCAGCGCUCGUACUGUCAAUGUGCAGUCGCGCCAGACGCUAUGGGAUGAUGUGCCCCUUCUCCAUUCUCCACGCCAAGUGUUGUCACCAGAACCACCAACUGGAGUAACGCAGUACGUGGAACUACAGGACGAUCCUUGGCUUCAGCCAGAAAGAGGAUUGUCACCCCGAGUCACCGUGGAGGAUACAUCUUACACAUCUUCAAGUUCUUGCGUAAAUGAAGCGUCGCAUUUACUGAUGAGAUCCCGCCCCAGUCAUAUCAGAAGGGUCGAAUCUUCCCCCACCUCAUCCCUGACGUCCAUAGAGGAAACAACAUCCCCCCGAAAUAUACGUCGACAAGCGACUGCUCCUGCGUCAUUCGAGACGGGAGCGCGGUAUCCCACUAUCGAAGAGAUACGUAAAGGUCAGAAUUUGGAUCCUCGCGUCAUGAUUCCGCCUUCAAGGAUAUUUGAUCCUGCAAAUGUCAAACCUCGUCCAGGGGGUGUUUCCGGUCGCAGAAAGAAUGGCCAGAUGGAUGCAGAAUUGACGAGUCCUCAUUGUUCUACAACGCACCUUGUGCGAGAUCGUCUACCGGCCGUCAAUUAUCCAGAAGACGCCGCGCAAUCUAUUUCUUCUCUCCCACGACACCGACUUGCCAACAAAGGGAAGAGUCGAGCACCCAUAGAUGCUGCAACUGAAGCACGCGCAUCCGGUUAUGUUUCCGCCGACAGUCAACAUUCGUUCUCGCAGUACCCUUACCAUAUUCAAGAAGUCUACUCCCUUGAUAGGCCUGAACAGCGCAGCGUUGUUGUCGUGCACUGUCCACCAGGGAACGGCUGCUGUCAUAGACACUGUGAAAGCGCGUCUGCCUGUAGCGCAGUAAUGAAUGACAGGGUUCAAUCGCGCUACGCCGAUGUCGGAGUCUCUCCGACAAUAUCAAGUGUGAGCUUGGCUCGCACAAAGUCCAAUGUACAAGAUCCUGGAGCGCGGGUCUCUGAUGCCUCAAGUAGGCAGGGGUUCCAUUCUCUUUUAGGAUUUUCCUCCAUGCCCCAAGUUUCGCGUAGCAAUUACUCUGUCGAAUCGGACGUCCGUUCUCCAUUUGCCCGAGGGACAAGAAUCCCAUCAGGUCUGUCCGAGCUGUCGAUAUUCGGACGACCAUCCCCUGUGAUGCAGGGCUCGCCAGCGAGGGACAGGCACCGCAGCGUGGUGAUCAGCCGAGCAUGAUGUGAGGAUCAGACUAUCAGUUCAAGCCUACAUGUCCAUCAGAAGGUGAUGGUUGUUUUGUUGAUGCAAAGUGUUGUUUAUAUCGGUCUUGUUCUGUUCGAGAUACCCCUGGCUUAAAGGAUCUUGAUUCCUGAUGCCUGUUUGACUGGCAUGGCAGUUGGCUUCAUAUUGGUGCCCGGAUUUAAAGCACAUAUUUCUUCAUGUACUUGGUCAAAAGCGCAGAGGGGUGCGAGGUGAACAUGAUGGUCGAGAACCGAAAUCAUCCGUUGAGGUGAUCGCAGGGUGUCUCACGCCACAAACGCGUUUGGGCUGUCCUGGAGAACUGGCGAGUCACGAUAUUUCUUGGAUGAUAUUCUCUCCUUGACUCGCCAGAGGGCUUUGUUUUGUUGAUCGGUUUUUUCUGAGUCAUUAUCCUGCUGGGGUAUGCCCCGUAGGCUUUAUUCGACAUCAUAUGUGCUUUUGUGGUGGAUCUAGAUUCUGGUUUUCA